GGUAACAACCAACAAAGGAAUAUGGCUUCCAGCUUUAAGAAGUCAAAUGUGGCCUCUACCAGCCAGAAAAGAAAGGUGGGCCCUAAGCCUGAACUCACUGAAGAUCAGAAGCAAGAAGUUCGCGAAGCAUUUGACCUCUUCGAUGCUGACGGAAGUGGGACCAUCGACGUGAAGGAGCUGAAGGUGGCCAUGAGAGCGCUGGGCUUUGAACCCAGGAAGGAAGAGAUGAAGAAGAUAAUCUCCGAGGUGGACAAGGAAGGCACAGGGAAAAUCAGCUUCAAUGACUUUUUGGCCGUAAUGACUCAGAAGAUGGCCGAGAAAGACACCAAAGAAGAAAUCCUGAAGGCUUUCAGGCUCUUUGAUGAUGAUGAAACUGGGAAGAUCUCUUUCAAAAACCUAAAGCGCGUGGCCAACGAGUUAGGGGAAAACCUCACCGACGAGGAGCUGCAGGAAAUGAUAGAUGAAGCCGAUCGAGAUGGAGAUGGUGAAGUGAACGAGGAAGAAUUUCUUCGGAUCAUGAAAAAGACCAACUUGUAUUAAAGUCGCUUUCUUCCGCAGGCAUG